AUGGCUUUUCCACUACCGCGAGGAAUCACGCCCUCGGAAAUCGAAUUCAUCUCGGAGAUGGAACUCGUGACUGUUGUGCCUCGACAGCGUCUAGAUGGCCUCGAUUUGUUAUCAGGACCUACAGAACGAUUACUACCGCCACAGCGUACGACACUUCCUCUCUGGCUGGCAAUCCUACUCAAACGACAACGGCGCGUCAAUAUCGUCCCUCCAUACUGGCUUUACCCAGAGUCAUUACAAAUAAUCCUUCAAUUCGAAACAGAAACCCGAGAAUACUCAGAUUCCUUCUCCCCGCCACCGCGACUACCAGGUCAACGCAGACCGGGUGACGACAACAAUCGACGACCGCAGGUUACCAUGCCUCGACCAAAGCACACGCUCGAUGGAGCGCGAUAUUUUCCCACGCCGCCAUUCCUACCACAGAAUACCGCGCUGACUCCAGCCGAGGAAUCCGAACUCGACAAAGAAAUCGCCCUGCCGUACCACUGGCUAGAAGUGGGCAAUAUGCUGCUCGACGCCGCGAGUGAUGACCUCAUCGACCCGGACCAAGUGCGGCGACUAUUAAAAGACUUGCGAGAAGUGCGCAUGUCCAAGAUGCGCAAGGGCGUGGAUAUCCUGGACACAGCCGCAACAGCCGGCGGCGGCGUCGCCCUUACGGGUGUCGGGGCUAUGGAAAUCGGGGAAAUGCGAGGCUUCGUUGCUGGAGUAGUCGAAGGGCUUAGGAAAAUCGGCGCAUCUCGCGAACAGGCCCGAAGAGAACAGCUCGCUGAAGAAGGACCUACGCAAGGGUAUACCCAGGAUGAUGACGAUGACAUGGAGUUUUAG